GAUACAAAGGAGGAAGUCUCAGAGAAACCAAAGCCUGCUCCGACUGCAGAGAAAUACGGCUGGAUUAAGAAAAGCAGUGGGGGGCUCCUGGGAUUAUGGAAGGAUCGUUACAUCCAGCUACGGAAAACACAGCUCGUGGUCUAUGAGGAUGAGGAUGAGCAGAAGUGCAUAGAAACCGUGGAACUGGAGAGUUAUGACAAGUGCCAGGAACUGCGAGCGCUGCUAAAAAGGAAAAACCGUUUCAUUUUGAUCCGCUCCCCGGGUAAGAAGGUUCAUGAUAUCAAAUUUCAAGCUCCAACUUUGGAAGAAAAGGAAUCGUGGAUAAAAGCUCUUAAUGAAGGGAUCAAUAGAGGCAAAAACAAAGUAUUUGAUGAGGUGAAAGUGGAUGAGAGCCUUUCCUUGGACCAUGUAACUCGGGACCGAGUGAAAAUGGCUCAUGGACGCAGGCCACCCACGAGAAGCCACCUAAAGGAGGCUGCCAAGUCUACAUCUGAUGGUAUCCUGCGACUAGAUCUGGAUGUAGUAGACAAUGGACGACCAAACUUUGAUUCCACUAUCAGUGAAAGUGACUAUGAGCCUCCUCAGAAAGAGACUCCAAAGCCACCUAUGCCACCUACAAAACCCACUGGCACAAAAGAAAACCAAGAUGCAGAGAACAAUGUUCCUGACCAGGAAUAUAAAAAGCCUCUGUCUCCUCCAUUGCCUCCAGAUAAGAAGCUGAAGGAAAGCAUAACAUCAAAGGACAGUGUAGAUAGCAAGCAAGAGGACUCUGUAAGCCCAGAGGAGAAUGCAGAAGGAUCCCAAACAACAAGUGAGGAGAACAGCGAGAACCUCACUGAGGUCAGCAACAGGGGCAUAGUAAAAGGUCCAAUUCCUCUUCCUAAGAGCAUGCCAGACAAGCUAAAAGUAGCUUGGGACCAACCAGUCUCUGAGCCUAAAAACACAGAAGACUUGAAAUCAUCAGGAGACAGUAGUGAAGACAACCUUGCUGAGAUUGCUGCUGGAGAUGUUACAAAACCUCCCGUCCCUCCUAAAGUUCUGUCAGAAAAAAAGCUAGCCACAGUGGACUCCAGCCAUGGUGACCUGGAAUCUGGGGGCUGGGAAGACCUGGAGUCUGGCAGCUCCAAGCUCCCAGUAAAUGGGAUUGCAGACAGUGAGGUAGCAGAGCUCACAUCCCCACGAGUCGAAACUGAAGAAGGAAAUGGGACAACCUCUGCUGAGAAGGAACAGCAAACCUCGGCAGAAGAGACAGAUACUUCCUUAGCUACAGAAACACACCAUGAGAGUGUAAAAGCAACUGUUGAGAAGAAAGAGUCUGUUGAAAGCAGUUCAUGUCUCAAACUUCGCAGUUCUUCCCUGGGAGACUUGCUGUCUGAUUCCAAAAAUACACAGAGAGCACAUCCAGGCCUAGGUUUCCCAAAGGAUUCCCAUCAAUGCCUGGCUAAAAUGGAGGAGAAAGUUGCUAAUGAAAGGGAAAAGGCAGAAAAACUUCUGCAGAAGGUUUUACGUGAAGGGUUGGAACAGGCCCAGGAGGGGAAUGGACCCCCAGUGAUGGCAGAGACAUUGCUCAAUGAGGCAGUGGAACAGCUUCGGCAAGCUACACAAGUUUUGCAAGAAAUUAAAGGUCUUGGAGAACUGAAAAAAGAAGCAACACAGAAACAGAAAGAAAAGCAAAAGGAUCUAGUGACUCUUUAUAGGAGAAGUGCGCCCUGA